AUGUCCGCCCAACCUUCCCAGAACGACAUGCUGACUGUGCGCCGUGCCGUCACCCAGAUCCACUACGCGCUCCGUCACCUUCCUGCUCAGGGCAACAUCCAGAAUGAGAAGAUGACGCACUGGUACAACAUGUUCUACGCCGCACUCAACAAGGCGUACGACUUCCAGGCGAAGUUCCAUUCAACCACCUGGCCCCGCUACACCCUCGGUGCCUUCUACGAGUACGAAAAAUCCCAGCACGUCGCCGGAUACGCCGGGGCUCCAUUCAAGAUCGUACCCAUUGCCGACACUGCGGCUGCCCAGGAAGCCGGGUACACUUUCGAUUUGAAGAUGGUCGGUGAUGACCAUGGCGAGAUCGACCUCUUGCCCGAAGACGAGGUCGACCUCAGUUGGUGUGACAUCGAGGCCACAGUGACGAACCCACCGUCGACGGGGGAUGGUGCUAACAAGUCGGGCACCAUAAAGUCUGGAGGCGGGAAGGGCACCGGUAGUGCUAAGAGUGCCCAAGCUUCCGAGAGCAUCGGUAGUGCAAAGGGCGCCGAGGGUACCGAAGGGGCUGGUAGGUCGAAGACUGCCGAGCCGACGAAGAGUACCGGUAUUCCGACGGCUUCCGAAAGCGCGAAAGCAGCUGGGAGUUCCAAGGCUGCCACAACUGAGAAGAGCAAGCGCAAGAAGUUUACACCGAGGAUGUCACGGUCCGGCAAAAAGCCUGCAGCACCUAUAAAGCCUGCCCUUCAUCAGACAACCAAAGACAAGAAGGGCAAGGGCCGGGCGAACGUAGAGGCGAAUGCCGACGACAAUGCCGUCGCCGGUGGAGAAGAAGACGAUGACGAGAGCGAGGAGGAAACCCCUCUCGAAGGUACGAAAAACACGUUCGACCGUCAAGAAGGCGGUGUCUUUCAUCACCCCCACCACGCCACCGGUGUCGAAGACAAGGCGAGCCCCAUCUGCGACCCCGGAGCCGCCCAAGAGGUCCACCGCCACGCCUAA